AUGCUCCAAGUACACGGCAAACUACUAGACAACAACACUCGCUGUCACCAUUGGCAUUCACCCUUGGAUAUCAUCGCUUUGAAAUUCAAAUGUUGUAACCAAUUCUGGGCCUGCUACCAAUGCCACCAAGAACUCGCAAACCAUCCUCCACAGCGAUUCGACAUCCAUUCCACUCCUCAAGAAAACGUAAUCCUCUGUGGCCUCUGUAACACCCAAAUGACCUUCCAGCAAUACUCGGCCACCCUUUCAUGUCCUCACUGUCAUUCCAAAUUCAAUCCUGGUUGUAAACUCCAUUACCACUUAUAUUUCAUAAACUCGUGCGAGCGUUAA